UGGAGGUUACUUCUGGGGCAACAACAUGCUUCGUUCUUAGCACAAUAAUUUGUACGAGGAUAUUCUGGCAUAUGUAGUAUAUGCCUGUAACUGUAAUUUUUCAGACACUACACUAUUGGAAAUUAAAAUGGCCACUAAUCAAAUGUCAGUAACAUGUUUUCAGGCAUUUAUUCGUGCAUUCCGGCCUGGCAAGUGCCAGACCAAAGGAGCAUCUUUGACUAUAAUACCCAUCGAUGGGAUGUUGUCAUCGUUGUCUAUAAUUCAUACCCGUGAAGAACAGCUUCAAAGACCCAAGUCCCAAGAUCAGAAUUUCUGUAGUUGCAAUGCUAAAAUAUCCCUCCUUUCCUCUUUCUACUUGGCUCUUCUUCUUCUUCUUCCUGUCAAUCCUGUUUAUUUGUUGGAAGAGAUUUAUUAGCUUUAAAGCCUCAAAGACACAAGUCCAGAAGUUGCCCCCUGGACCAUGGAAACUGCCUCUUAUAGGGAACCUCCACCAGCUGGCUUUUUCAUCACUACCACAUCAUUCCUUGAGAGACAUGGCCAAGAAAUACGGACCCAUCAUGCAAUUGCAACUGGGUGAGGUGUCGGCUGUAAUCAUUUCAUCACCAGAAGUAGCCAAAGAGGUGCUCAAGACACAUGACACUGUAUUCGCAAAUCGACCUAGCGUUCUUGGUGUUGAAAUUUUGACCUACAAAUUUUCAGGUAUUGUCUUCACUCCCUACGGUGAUUAUUGGAGACAAAUGCGAAAGAUUUGUGUCAUGGAGCUCCUAAGUGCUAAGCGUGUCCUGUCGUUUAGAUCGGUAAGGGAAGAAGAGGUGUGCAAUCUUGUUGAAUCAAUUUCCUUGUCCGGGGGGCUUCCAAUCAAUCUCAGCGAGAAAGUCUUCUCCUUCACGAAUAGAAUCGCUUCCAGGGCGGCUUUUGGGAAGAAGUGCAAGUAUGAAAAAGAGUUCAUCUCGUUGGUCAAGGAAGGUUUUAGUCUCAGUGGAGGCUUCAAUGUGCCUGAUGUGUUCCCUUCCUUAAAGUUCCUUGCUUUCCUUACUGGGAUGAAGCCCGCAUUGGAGAAAAUACACAAAAAGAUGGACAAGAUUCUCGAUGAUAUAAUCGGUGAUAAGAUGCAAACAAGUACAACCAAAGAUGAUGCGGGUGAUGAUGACGAUGUACUUGAUGUGCUUCUUCAUCUUCGGGAGACGGGUGGGCUUGACUUCAAUAUCACGAGAAACCACAUCAAAGCUGUCACUCUGGACGUCGUCUCUGGAGGAAGUGAGACUUCAGCAACUACAAUAGAAUGGGCAAUGUCUGAAUUAUUGAGAAACCCAAGAGUACUGGAGAAGGCGCAAGCUGAAGUGCAACGAGUCGUUGGUGGGAAGGGGAACAUUGACGAGACAGACAUAGAGAAACUAGAUUACUUGAAAUUAGUUGUCAAAGAAACACUACGCUUACACCCUCCUGGUGCCAUAAUCCCACGAGAAUCAAGGGAAGAGUGUGAACUUAGUGGGUAUCUGAUUCCAAGCAACAGAAAAGUACUCAUUAAUGCAUGGGCCAUUGGCAGAGAUCCAGAAUAUUGGAUUGAUGCUGAUUGCUUUCGCCCAGAGAGGUUCCACAGUUGUUGUAUUGAUUUUAAAGGAGCAAGCUUUGAAUUCAUUCCAUUUGGAGGUGGUAAGAGGAUAUGUCCAGGCAUAUCAUUUGCUUUAGCUACCAUUGAACUUGCUCUUUCUCAGUUGUUGUAUCACUUCAAGUGGAAGCUCCCCAAUGAGAUCAAACCAGAAGAAAUCGACAUGUCUGAGUCUUUGGGAUUAUCUUGCAAGAGAAGGAAUGAUUUGUACAUAGUUGCUACUCCUUGGAUUUCUGGUCUUACCUAAACAAACUGAAUGGGGAUGGUGUUCUUGCACCCAUGCUUACAAGGGAUUGAAUUAUGUACUAUUAUUGCAUUGUACAGGUUGUUGAUCAAUGUACUAUUAUGUGUGACAGUUGAUUUUCUUUCACUUUCCAUGUAUGCUUUACCAGAUAAAUAUUAAAUGUAAAUCCAAUUAGUGUAGUAUAUAUGUGCUUGAAAUAUAUACCUCUUACUCAUUACCCAUUAACACUGUUGUAUUGAUUAUUUUUUUGAUGUCACUGACAUUAUUCUGUUACUUUUAUCA